UCUUUUGCUGUCAAAAACGUCAAAAAUAAAAACAACAAAAAUAUUUUUUUGUAGUGAAAAAUUAAAAUAUCGUGAGAAACUUUUUUAUUCUUUUUUCACGCACGAUGGAUAGUGAUCAAAUGGUAAACACGGAACUUGUAGACACAAUUGUGCGUGAAGUGAAAUCCCAGGGAUUGUUUGAUCAAUUCCGGAAGGAAUGUCUGGCGGAUGUGGACACAAAACCAGCCUACCAGAACCUCCGGCAGAGAGUUGAGAGUGCCGUGACGACAUUCCUGGAGCAGCAGGAGUGGCGUCCGGAUGCAAAUCGUAUCCAGAUGAGGGAGAAGCUACGUAAAAAUAUCAUUGGGCUGGGCUUCCUGGAGACUGGCGUUGAUCGAAUUGUGGACCAAGUGGUCAAUCCGAAGAUUUCAUCGGUUUUUAUGCCCCAAAUUGAGGAUGUUGUGUACAAAUAUUUGGGAAUUGAAAAGCCCAUUGCAAAACCCAAGGAGGAGCCAACUUUCGAGCAGAAUGGCAUGAAGAAUUUUGACCUCCUCCCCACGGAUCUCCUCGAAGCAGUAAGCCCAGACUCCAGCAAGUCCGCCAAGUCGAUGUAUUCAUCGCAUGAGGACAUCAAAGAGGAAAUAACUGAGGAGGAAAUUGUUCCGGAACUCGAUGAAUCCAAUGAUCGGAUUGACGAUGAGGAAUCACCACCCUUUGAGCCACUUGAGGGACAACAUCCUGAGGAUGAGGUGAAGAAAGAAGAGGGCGAGGAUGAUAGUCAGAACUCACAUGUUUCCGGAAUUAGUGGCUUAACAUCCCAAGAUUCUCUGUGCAGUGCAAAAAAUCCCACAGAACCCAUGGAAGUGGAUGAGGAAGUAAAGACAGAAGAAGAGGAAGAAGGAGGAGGAGGAGGAGUGGUGCAAGAUGAGCAGCAGCAGGAGGAAGAAAUAAUGCAACCUCCGCGUAUUGAUCAGAUGAUUGAGAAGAGUGAAGUACCUGAACGGACUGUGUCUGAAGUUGUCGAAGCAAUGGAAGUUGGCAAUCAAGAUUCCCAACUGUCACAAGUAUCCAGCAAUAGUCGCUUAUCCAUUGUCACCAAUGAGAGUGACUCAAAAGAUGAUAACCUCAAGAUGGAUAUCUCGGAGGAGGCUCAAAUGCCCGAAUUUGGGGAGAAUUCUCAGUCUCCACGCGCGGAAAAGCUCACAACGUUUGAUAUUAAGAAAGAUGAGAUAAAAUUCCAGCAAGUGCGAAUCUUUCCACCACCUCCAGAACCCGAGAAUCCACCACCAUUGCCCCCAAGUCCACCUCCACCGCUAGAGGAGAAGCCCAAACCUCCGGCACCGCCAGAAAGUGAGGCAGAAACAAAAGGAAGUGAUGAAGUACAGAAAGAAGCCCCAAAUGCCGAAAAAGUUCCGGAAAAGGAUGCAGCACAGAAGCAUCACAGUUCGGACAGGAAGAAAUCCAACAAAAAGAGCUCUCGUUCAUCCCAUCACAAUCAUCACCAUCACAGGGAUAGGAAUCGUGAAAAGAGUCGCUCAUCAUCUUCCCGGGAAAAGAGUACGAAAGCAUCGGAAACGAGUCCAAAGGGUGGUGGUGGAUCCGUCCGGGAGGAGGAUAAUUCCUCAACAGCUUUGGACAGUGAUGCAAGUCCUGUCCUUCACAUUGUUGAAGGUGAAACUCUCGAUGGUGAACCACAAUCUUCUGCUGUUGAGAAAUCAGAUGGAAAGACAAAGAGUAGCUCUUCGCACAAGAGCUCCUCAUCCUCCCAUCGUGAUGACAAGAAGAAGAGUCAUUCAUCACAUUCAAAAGACAGCCACCGUCGGGAUCAUCGUCGUCACCAUGAUAAACACAAAUCUUCAUCCAGCCAAAAAUCCUCCUCAAGUCGCAGUGAGAGAACCAAAUCCAAGGAAGAAGGAUCAUCAUCAUCCAAAAGAAAGGAGAAAGAGAGUGAUGAUCACUCCAGUCAGAGGGAGAAAACUUCCGAGAAGCGUCGAUCAACUGAUCGAGAUUCCAAUGAUGGUGGCGGUAGCUCAGGCUCCAAACAAGCAACACCCCCUUCAAGUGAUAAAACAACAACAGCAGCAAACCAAUCAUCAGCCCCAGCAGAAGAAUCUGCAAAUAAUUCAGCCAAUUCAUCCGUAUCCAAUUCCCCGCAAGACAAGGAAACCGUGAAAAGCGAGAGUGCUGCUCCCCCAGCAGAUGCUGCAAAUGCAAAUCCUUCUGCUGAAUCCGCUGAAAAAGUCAUUUUACCAUCUAAACCCAUAAUUGUGGAUCAAAUUCUCACUGCAAAUAGUGAGAUAAAUCUCCAGAUGAUUGUCAAUCAGGCAUCAAAUGAUCCCACACUUGCUAAAAUUGAGGAAUUAGCCAAGAAAUCCUUGGCAAGGAAAAAACCCAAAUUUGCGUCAAAUUUCAAGGAAGCAAAGCGCCUCAUGAAGAUGCGCAAGAAGAUUGAUCAUGAGAGUAAGAAGAACAUGGAGAAAGCGAUUGUUCUUGCGAAGAAUUACAUAAAUUCCAAAGCAGAAAGUGAUCCAUCUGUCUCAGAUCUCUCACAGGGAAUUGAGCUGGAAUUUGUCUGUAUGAAAUCCAGUGGGAAUAGUGCAGCACCCACUAUAUCGAGUCCCAUUAAGAAGGACACUCCUCCACCUCAGGUGGUGGCUACGAGCGUACCGGAAAAGCCAAUUUUGGAGGGAAAAUGUUCAAAGGAUAAUUUUGCAGAUAGUGAAGAUGAAGAGGAGCUUCACUACUUUCCCGAUCCUCAUUGUAAAUUCACAGAGAGUAUCACGGGGAAGUGGCUACGUGAGAAUAGGGAUAGUAUCCUUGCGGGGGAUGACAAGGAGAUAUUCAGCCAUGAGGAAAAGUCCAAAAAAUCACCCAAAAAUGGAAUUGUUGCCUCAUCUAUUGUGAAGAAGAAAUCAUUGGAAUUGGGUGAUGCUCAUCCUGAGGAGAAACGUAUCAGGAUGGCACCUAAUAAAUUUGGUGACCUGAAUGGCAAUGAAGACGUUAUCGAGGAGAAGAAGGUAGUGAAAGUGAAGACGCCACUGACACAGCAACAGAGGUAUUCCAGCGAUGACCUCUACAAACCACGACCCUUCAUUCAUGGUCAGAGGACUCGCAGGCGUGCACUUGACGCAUCAGACGGUGGGACAGCCUAGUGUCAGGCCCCAUAUUCCUCCACCCUCAUCCCAUGCUAACGAGUUUUCUUUGCACUUUUCUUUGUUUUGAUGGAGAAGAGCACGAAAAGAAGUAACUGGCCCAAGAUUAUAAUUACCUAUUAUUAUAUUAUUUGUUUUUUCUAUGAAGUGGAAAAGAUGUAAUAAAGAAGAAGUGGCGUCAUUCAACACGCCUCUGGUUAAGAAGAGA